UUUUAGCCAUUAUUAUGUUAGACUAGAAUUUCAGUUCUAAAACCUCUAAAUCUUCCUAUUUUCUUCUUCGGCAAAACCAAAAAAUAGUUUUCUGAAAAAAAAUAAUAAUAAUAAAUCUCUCGCCUUCGGUGAUUGCGGCAUUCUCAUGGAAGAACAAAACAAUCAUAGCAUUUUGACACGUGUGAUGGCAGGGACGGCAGAGCAGGUGGCGGUUACGGCCAUUGGAACGGAGGAAUAUUUGAACAAUGGUGGCAAUGGAGAACCGGGGGAGUCGGCGAUGAGUGUUACAGGCGGUUCAGAAGUGGACUUACCGGCCAAAAGAAAAAGAGGAAGGCCCAAAAAGCAGCUACCGGAAUUGAAGCAAGAAUUCUUGAUUUCACCGGAGUCUUCUGCCCCUCCAAAACGGGGUAGGGGCCGUCCCAAGGGUUCCGGCAAGUGGCAAACAUUGGCGGCUUCUUUAGGAGGGGAAGCUGUGGACACUGCUGGAAGUGACUUCAUUCCUCAUGUGGUUACUCUUCAAACAGGCGAGAAUAUCUCUCAACAUAUGUGGUCAUUUUCUCAAAGGACUUCUGCAUCAACUUUCAUUAUUUCAGCUUCUGGCACUGUCUCCAUUGCAGAAAUUUGUCAUUCUAGUUCUUUUGAUGGCAUCAUAAGAUAUGAGGGUCAAUUCGAGAUUGAAACUCUAACAGGAUCAUAUGCAUAUAAUGAAAUGGGGGGUGUGCGCCGCAAAGUUGCCCUUUUGAGUGUUCAGUUAGCUACUCCUGAAGGGCGUCUUUUUGGUGGCCGUGUAGCAGGUCUACUAAUCGCAGCUGGGCCAACUCAACUCGUAAUAGCAGCUUUCAAGCAAAACAUGGGGGAGAAAAUGAAGCGUAGGUAUCUCAUUGAACCUCCAAGGCCUAAUAAUGGUGUAGCAGCAACAACGUUACCUAAAGGAAACAAAUUAUUCGUUUCUGAAGAGAACCAUAUCACAACUACUCCGGCCACGGCUCCAACAAGUGAUGCAGCACAUAACAUCAUCAACGGUCGCGACCCAAAUCAUACUUCAAUUCAGCCUUUUGAUUGGAAUUCCACAAGACCCUCUGAGCUAGCCUCAGAACAUGUUAUGUCAGACGUUGAUGCUGGUUCUACUCUUGCACAAAUAGUCUCUCCACAUGAACAACUCCCACGCCUGCCAUCUCCUUACAUCCCCCUUCCACCAUCUUUGUAAGAACUCCAAGAGCAGUCUUAUCUUUCUUCACAUUUAAAGAUUUGGUAGUAGACUAGUGAAUUAGGAGUUUUCUUCAUUAGCUUCUUGAGCUGCAAAUAUUGGCUACAUUUUCAUGCCAGAUGGUGUUUUUAUCGUUU